AUGGCGUCGCGCGAUUCGAGAAGCGUGUAUAGGUUAUCGUCGACGCGGAUGCGGUGCUUGGAGCACGUCGUCACGAUGGUCCGCUCAAGCUGGGCAAUCUUGUCCGCCGUUCGCGCGAGAAACAUCUCGGGGUCCGCAUCCUUGGAGAAGGUCGUUUGGAGAGCGGUGAGGAGGUUCGUUUCUUGGGAGGUCGAUUCGGCGGCUCGAGGACGUUGA